GCGCUUUCUGCAGCGCUCGAGCGGGGACCAACAUUCCUCGUUCCAUCAACACGCGAACUUCGCAAUCUGACGAGUGACGUGCAAGAGAGAGAGAGAGAAGAAUAUGUCCGCCGGAGUUGGGCCUGCUGCAGAGCAGGUGGAUAAGCCAGAGGAGGCGAAAAGCGACGUCGACGUGGCGCCGCUGCUUGCGCACGCUCCUCAGGUCAUGGAGGAGGACGACGGCGCCGUUCACAUUGCCGACAACGAGGCGGACGACGAGGCGGCCCUGGAGGCGCCGUACAGCGCGGAGGCCUUGCUGGACACCGCGAACGUCCUGACAGGGGGCGAGGAGGCCCCACCGCGGCUGAAGCGCGACUACGCCACCGCCUUCUUCAACACCGAUCCCCGCAUCGCCUUUGAUGCGCUGCACAUCGGAGCCCUGCGCGCCAUCGAGGUUUGUGAGCGCAUGAGCCGAUCGAGCUACGACUACCCGCCGUGGUACGUGCCAGAGGCUGAGCUUGUUAUUCCUCCCUCUUCUUCUGAAAGACCGUUCUUUUUCAUCAGUGCGAUGCAUCCCGUGGUGCAGUCUCGCGCCCCCAUUGAGCGGGAGGAUCGCCGCGUGGAUGAGCUGCUUUCCCACCCAUCUCGCCAGGCGUUGGCGGCGACGAUCGGGCCGGACAUGCUUGAGAAGUUACGCCUGCACCGCCACACCGAGGUGCGGCGACGUCAACGCAGGGAGGUGCCAGGGCCGCCAACGACGCGUGUAGCACCGUCGACAUCGUCGGUGCAAGAGAGUAGCGGCGAACCGUAG